AUAAAAACAAUACUUCUAUAAAGACCUCAGUGGGUGUACCACCACUUCUGCAGCAGCCGUAACUUCGAAAGUUAUUAAACUGAAUUUAUAAAGCUACCAAAGGCCCUGACUACAAAACGGACUAACUAAACUUCAUGGGCGUUCAUGUAUGUUAUUAUAAAGUAGUUGUCGAUUUACUGUGUAUUUCUAUUUACUGUACCACAGCGUGUGUUACCUCGUCAACCGUGAAUGACAGGCCAGCUUCGCUGACGGUGCGGUAGUCUAUAUAGGCUAGGCCAGCCAGACAACCGGCCAGCCAGCCAGCCAGCCUGGCAAAAGAAAGAAGUGACCCACUCAGUGAUUGACAAAUGCUGUAUGAAUGGAGCUUUUCAGAUAGUACUGCCUUUAGUAUGGAGGUAUAAAAACAUCGUUUAAUGCUGUACAAUAGGUCUAUAAUAUCGUAUCCUCAUCUCGCGAGCUUUGUUUGAAAAUGUCAGAUCAGAUUAUUAUUGAUGGUGAAAUACAGGAUCAGAAGAAGAAUACAGAACAAAAUUGUGAGGCUUUGGAUGUGGAUGAUAGCUCUAUCAUGAUCGAAUUGAAUUGCAAGGCUUGUCAGAAGCGUUUUACUGAUCCCAGAAUACUGCCGUGUCUGCACAGUUUCUGUGCCGAGUGUAUCCGUUCCUUCGAGCCAUUCAUCAUUAGUAGUGAUGAUAGGAAUCCAAGUCUGUCUGCUUCGAUGAGCAGUCUCUCAAGUAUAGUUAACACCGUGGUGACGGUGAUGUGUCCAACUUGCGAGACUGAAGUUGAUCUGCCAAAGCGUGGCGUUUAUGAACUACCUGUGAACUUCAUGAUAAGAAGAGGGCUCCUGCAAGAAGCCCUCAAUCCUAAUUCAAAGAACCUUCCUUGCGACCUCUGUGAAGAUGAGGCAGAUGCAAUUACAAGGUGCAUAGAUUGCACUGUAAAUUUAUGCAAUUUUUGUUCUCAGGCUCACAACCGACAACGCAAAACCUCAUCACACAAAGUUAUGAGCUUAAAUGAUGUGAAGAAAGAAUGUGUUGAUGGAUUAUGGAGUCCUCUAAAGUGCCAAUCUCACGAGCGAGAAGAACAGCGGUUGUUUUGUGAGACCUGCGAUAAAACAAUCUGUCGCGAUUGCUGCAUUGUGGAGCAUCGUGACCAUGCGAUCAAGUUCAAUGAUGAGAUCGUGGAUGAGAAUAGGACUCUGUUGGUAAAACUGAUCUCCAAGACCGAGCCUCAUAUCUCAUCCUUGCAGAGUACGCUUGACAAGAUUGACGACCUUAACAGAGAUAUUGACAAUAAUAAGGAAGUAGUUAUACAAGAAAUAAAUAAAUUCAUAGCAUCGUAUGUAUCAGCUUUGCAGAAGCAUAAGCAACAGCUCAUUGAAAAGGUUGAUAAAGUCUGUGAAGGGAAAAAGCAAGCACUAAAGGCACAGGAGCUGCAUGUUAAGCAGACACUCCAAGAUAUCCAACACAGUUGUACUUUUGCAAAGAAAGCUGUCGCUGAAGGCAACAAUGACGAGUUCUUAUCAGUGAAACCAGUAUUAGCGAGGAGAAUGGUGGACAUUAGCCGAAUUCAAGUACAUGCUGGCCCAAGAUCUGAUGCAUUUUUGAAGUUCCUGCCAGAACUGCCUGCAGGAGAAGUUGAUUCAUUUGAACUAUUUGGAGAUAUUGAAUCCAAAUUAAUUGACCCUCUAAAAUGUAGUGCAACUGGAGAUGGAUUGUACAUUGCUCGAGAAGAAGAAGAGGCAGAGUUCUGUGUGGUUGUCUGUGACAACGAGGGGAACAAAUGUCCCCAGGGUGCUGAGGAUAUAAACAUUGAGAUUGUUCCGAGGGGCAGGAGAAAUGGGCAGCAUGUUACGGUUGAUAUUGAAGAUGAAGACGAUGGCUCACAUAAAGUGUACUACACACCUGAGGAGGCAGGCCAGUACUUUAUCAGUGUCUUCAUUAACAGCCAACACAUCAAGGGAAGCCCCUUUAUGGUGAAUGUUCGAUGUGCAUGGAGAGAGCAUACUGGUAUUUUCCAUUGUUGUACUUUUUGUUCAAGUGAAGGCCGCAAGGACGUAUCUUGCGCCUGUGGUGGAACCAUGCCAGGUGGGUUCAAAGGUUGUGGCCAUGGACACGAAGGUCAUCCUGGCAAGGCCCACUGGUCAUGUUGCGGCAAGUUCGAUGAGAGUUCAGAGUGCGCACGAGUUUUUAAUGAGCCGUCAAAGCUGAAAACAGUUUCAGUUUAGCUAUAUUUCCCACAAUAACAAAACAAAUAUGCUUUUUUUAUUUUUUUAUAAGAAAUUGCAUAUCCAUGUGGUAAACAUUCUUUAACAAUGAUUUAAUAUGGAUUACCAGCAAAGACUGAUUUGUUUUACUUGAUUCCAGAUGCAUCCCAUAUUUAUAAGUUGAUAUGUUUACAUGUACUUUACUCUGUAUUUUGAAUCUGGGGCUUUCUUUUUGGUCUCCUGAAGAAUUAAUUAAGCAAAUAAUGUACUCAUAACCCAUACAUUAUAUGGUGAAAAUUUCACAAAGGAUUCAUUUUUGAUCAAUUUGUGCAAUAUUCCCCUCUAGUGUAUGGAAAUAUGACUAUAUUAAUUGCUUUAAUUCAAUCUCCUUCCUCUCCCAUCUCCCAAUUAAUUAAUUUACAUGUUUUUACUACUGCAUUAUCAAAUAUCCCUCUCAACUGGUGAUAAGUAUCACUAUGUGCAGUAACAUAAAGUUGUGUGUGUUAAGGGAAAGCUCAUUUAACCAGAUCCCCUGAAAAACAGUACUAUAUAUUAAAUAGUUGAAAAUUCAUAAUUCGAUCAGGUAUUUAUAAGGAGCAUAUACACUUUGGAAGAUGCUUGUAGCAACUCUGUCUUAAAACUACUCUGCCAACAGAAAAUGAAUGUUUCCAUAUCUGGAUAGGAGAAUAAUGCUGAAAGUAAAAUGAUGAUGUCUCGAUAAUAAUGUAUAAUUUAAUAAUAAUAUUUGAAUAUAAUUAUACUUUGAAAGUAUACAUUAUAAAUGUCUAAGAUCUUUAUACAUCUCAAUAAUAGGCUAGGGAAAGAAAAGAGUAAUACAAAUCUUAGAUUUAAAUUAUAGAAGAGCAGCAGAAAUGUACUAAUUAUAUACUAGUAUAUAUUACAUAUAAUAUUAUAUAGAAAAUUUUAAUCCAAUUUGGCUUUGUUACAACGAAAAGAUGUCUUCUUGAAUUUUCUUAAUAAAGAAACAGAUAAAUUCCUUGAACUGAAACUUUUUGAUAAAAAUGAACUAAAAGGAUGCAAGUUGAUUAAAAAAUAACAAAAAAGAUAUAAUAAAAGUUGCUAAUAAAUCAUCAUCAGUUGCCAAUAACUCAUUACCAGUAAAUAACAGAAAAACUAAGAUAAAACCAAGCCCUUUUCUUAUGGACUAUAUAAUAUUAUUAGUGAAUUUACAUUAGGUUAACUGGGUUCAUUUAGUGCAAAUAAAUCGAAAUUUAAAAAUUAUCAAUGUAACUUUUAUACUUAUAGUAGUUGGUGCUCUUUUUAUAUAACCUUAUGUUAGAAUAAUUGUAUUUUUUUGUAAUAUUAGUCCAUUUGAAUAUAUAGGUACAUUGAAGUUAAAUUUAUGUAGUGGUUUUGAAAAAAAAAUUAUAAUUUUUAUAACAUAAUAUAUAUUUUGAUAAUACUAUGAUACAUUUUACUUUCCAUUCUGCUAAUGUCAAUAAGUAUAGGUCUUAAGUACAGUACUGUAGUUUAAAAAUAACAAUUUAUAAAGAACCUGCAUGAUUAAAUAAUGUUAUUUUUCUUUUUUUGA